AUGUUCACAAGGGUUCACCAUGUUGGUGUCACUUCGAGCUUGGCGACGAACCCCUUGCGCAAAGUCGCUUUCCUACAAUCAGCGCUCAGCGCUCUUUACGAGUUCGUGCAGAUAUUUUUGGAUUAUCACAACUUCAAGACCGCUAGACCUGAUGAGGGAGCACCGUCACUGUCUCGUUCCCUUUUAGUUGCGUAUCCAAGGCGCCAUGCCUCCAGACUCGUGUGCGAGAUAAUUACAAUACUUAUAACCAUUGAGCUGAAUCUCGAGAUCGCUCCUUCACUCGCUCCUCUUUCUCUCCGACACACGCUUCACUCGUUCGCGAUGCGUCUCUCCUCCACCCUCAUUCUCGCAGCAGCGACUGCUAUCUCUGCCCAGACAACUUAUCGCACAUCCUCAAAACGUGGGCUCGUAUUCGUCCCUUCCAAAUCGCCAAAAUUACAACACGAUAACCAGAUAUGGGUUGAACAAGGCAGCGAUUUGACCUGGUACUACAAUUAUCAGCCUGAACCAUCCACAGCGUACGCCAACCGGACACAAGAAGAAUUCGAAUUCGUACCUAUGCUGUGGUCGACCGAUACGAAUUUUUACAACACGGUAAAGGGGCUUAUCGAUGGCGGGAGGAAUAUCACGCAUGUCUUGGGAUACAACGAGCCGGACGGAGAGUCGUCCACGGGAGGGAGUAGCAUUGAUCCCACGGUAGCCGCUACGAACUGGAUAUCUCAAAUUGAACCUCUACGGAAGCUAGGCGUCAAAGUGGGUGCGCCGGCUGUGACGGGAUCACCACGAGGAUUUGUCUGGCUGGAAGAUUUCUUCGCAGCCUGCACAAAACAGGGGACGAAUUGCACUAUUGAUUUUAUUCCUAUCCAUUGGUAUGGAGAUUUCGGUGGUUUGGCGAGCCAUAUGGGACAAGUUAAUGCAUCAUACCCGAACGUGACCCAAUGGAUUACGGAGUAUGCACUCAACGAUCAACCGCUCGAACCCACGCAGGGCUUCUUCAACAUGUCAGCCGAGUACUUCGACCGGCUGGAUAGUGUUGGCCGGUACUCGUACUUUGGCAGUUUCCGCAGCGACGUCUCUAACGUCGGUCCUAACGCUGCUAUGCUCACACAGAAGGGCGAGCUGACUGAUAUUGGGAGUUGGUAUCUUGGUGGAGCGGCUACUAAUAACAUUCCCAAAGCCGGUAAGGAUAAUGCUGGCAGUAGAGGGACGGUGACUAUGAGCUUGGUGGCUUUUUUAUCUGUUGCGGUGGCGUUUAUGGCUUUAUGA